AUGCGGGCCGGCAGCGCCACCGUCGCUUCCCCCCUUGCAGGUCGCAAGGCUGGUCCCGUGCGCUCGGGCGCGCGGCUACCCCAGGCUCCGCGCGUGCCGGGCAGGCCGCCCGCACGCCUCGUGCUGGCGCACCCGGAUGGUGCCUUCGCCGGAGCGGGCGGGGGGGUGUUCUCCGCGCCCGACCAGCCCGCUGCCACGGACCCGGCGGUCGUGAACAUUCUGAAAAGCCACCCCGCGGCUCCGCGCCGGAUCUGCAUUUUCGUGGAGCCCACGCCUUUUUACUACGUGUGCGGCUACAAGAACCGGUUCUGCAACCUGAUCAAAUUCCUCCGGGACAUGGGCUGCGACGUCCUCGUCAUCACCACCGGCCGGGGUGUUUCCGGGCCCGGUGAGCCCUUCGAGGCCGGGAGGGACCCUCCGAAGGAGUACUACGGCGCCAAGUGCGUUGGCGCGUAUAGUUUCGGCCUGCCCCUCUACUGGCAGCUGCCGCUGACGUUCGCCCUCUCGCCCAGGAUCUUCCGGGAGGUCCGCGCGUUCAACCCCGACAUCAUCCACUGCACCUCCCCAGGCUUCAUGCCGUUCGCGUGCUGGCUGUACUCGCGCCUCCUGCGCGUCCCCCUCGUGAUGUCGUACCACACGCACCUCCCGGCGUACCUGCCCAAGUACAACAUCACCUUCAUGAUGGGCGUGCUGUGGACGCUCCUGCGCCUCGUCCACUCCAAGGCCUGCCAGCUCACGCUCGUCACAUCCCCGCAGAUGAAGAAGGAGCUCGACGAGCAGAAGGUGCACCCGAACAUCGAGGUGUGGAAGAAGGGCGUCGACUCAGACCUCUUCCACCCGCGGUUCAAGUCGGACGCCAUGCGCGCGCGCCUGACAGCGGGCCACCUGGGGGACUUCGUGAUGGUCUACGUGGGGCGGCUGGGCCACGAGAAGAACCUGGACGCGCUGAAGCACGUCCUCGACGCGCUCCCGCACGCGCGGCUCGCGCUCGUCGGCGACGGCCCCGCGCGCAGGGACCUGGAGCGACACUUCCGGGGGACUCGCACCGAGUUCCUCGGCAUGCUGCACGGCGAGGACCUGUCCGCGGCGUACGCGUCCGCGGACCUGUUCGUGAUGCCGAGCGAGUCCGAGACGCUCGGGUUCGUCGUGCUGGAGGCGAUGGCGUCGGGCGUGCCUGCGGUGUGCGUCAGGGCGGGGGGUAUUCCUGACAUCAUCGCCGAGGAGGGGGACGGCGGCGUCGGGUAUUUGUACGACAAGGGGGACAUCAAGGGCGCCAUCGCGACGAUCGACAAGCUCAGCAAGGACCCUGCGCUGCGGGAGCGCGUCGGCGCUCGCGCCCGGCAGGAGGUGUCGCGGUGGGACUGGAAGGCGGCGACCGAGUUCCUCCUCACGAAGCAGUACCCGAUCGCCAUCGCGGCCGCACAGGCGUACUGGGGACCGAAGUACCGCAAGCCGCUCCUGUCGCCAGUCCCGGGAGGGAGCGGAGACGGCAGCGCCGGCGCGCCACCGGUCUCCCCUGCGCCCGUCCCCGCGUGA